AACUGGCUGAAUAUCCUACUGCCGGAGUCAACCGGCUGGCUGGGAGAACCCAGGAAGGCAGGUUACUGGACACAGUAUCUCCAGGAGCAGGCUGGGAACCAGUUAUUGGCCAGUUUAGCUGGACAUCAGAGGCUGGCACGUCAAGCUGGGCAGCGGACGGAGGCACGUCAGGCUGGGCAGCAGACAGAGGCACGACAGCGGGCACUGAGUCAUCUGGCACGACAGCGGGCACCGAGUCAUCUGGCACGUCAGCGAGCACCGAGUCAUCAGGCACGUCAGCAGGCACCGAGUCAUCAGGCA